CAGACGGACGGACUCGCGGCACUCGCGCUCGCGCCUCGCGCCAUGUUUAUUAUUCCACUACCUUCGGGCGGCUUCGGUUACAACGAAACCGGAUUUCGGCUCAGAUGAAGAGCAGGAAGAUACGAAAGCAAAAGUAAUGGAACCGUACAUCAAGAGCGAUGUCUCAGACGACGAAUUUCGGCUAUCUAAAAUAUGCAGACAAAAUGUUGAUGCCUUGGAAAAAGUGGAUAAGAGGUAUGCUGGUAAAAAAAUUUCGAGGAAAGAUAUAUACAGUGACGAGGACGAUAAUAUGAGUAAAGAUGUGGGAAAUGAAGGCUCCAACGAAGAUGCUGAAGAUGAAGAGAUGGAUGGUGCACGGGAGCAAAGUAACGAUGAGUUAGGCAGCAAUAGAAAAACAAAUUUGAAAGAAGGAUGUACAGAUGUCUCAGAAAGUGUGUCUGAUUUGAAAGAACAAGAUGAUGACAACAUAGAUACCAAUGAUCCAAUGGUCAGGAAUGUACUGAAACUUUGGCAAAUUUUCUUCAGAUGCGAAGAAAGAAACUGCAGACAUGCGUUCUAAUUAGUAAUCAAAUGCCACAAUAUGACACGCAUAGAGAACUCAGAUCAGACGUAGUUUUCGUGAAGAAGGUUAAUUAAACUGAGCAAGUGUUCCAAAUCGAAGCGAUGCGCCGUCGUUUGGAGCCGUCGCCGUCGCAUUACGCUCAGGAACGAGCAACAUCUCGUUUGGAAUCGCAGUUGCAUGAAGCUACGACAAAAUAUAAUUCCCUGGAGCAAACUAUUACCGACAAAGCAACUCUAUCUCUUUGUCGGUAAUAGUUUGCUCCAGGGAAUUAUAUUUUUUUUCCCCCCCAACUCCUUCUUGAAAGCCCAGCUUGAAAGGGCUAAUCACUGAUGAAAUGUCAGUCACUUGGAAAUGGAGUUGCAGCGUUCCGGAGAGGAGUCAAAAUCAUCAUCUCCCAAAAACAACGAUGUUAGCGAGGAUUCUCAACGAAUCGAGGAAUUACUGUUAUUAGCGAAUCAGCUGCAAGCUCUGCAACAGGAGCUAGUUAAAGAAACAAGUUAAAAAUUUUCAAACGUCAGCGAAGUAAAAUGUAUGUAAUUAUUUCGGUUUACACAAGAUAAUAAUUCACAACGCAAUUAGUUUUACGUGUCCAUUCCAUUACGGCGCGUUUUGUUAUGAGGAGAGAAUCGUAGGUCCUAAGAAAAUUAUAAUAAUGGUAAAAUAAAUACAAAUAAAUGUAAGAUUUAAUACAUGUAAUGAAUAUAUUGUGUAUG